GCAGCUCCACGCCACAGCCCGUCUCCUCCUCUCACACACCAGAAGCCAUGGUGUUCCGCUUUGUUUUGGCCGCGACAGUGGCGGCUCUGGCUUCGGCCUCGGCCCCGCCGCCCAGCUACCACUCCAGCACGUACGCGCCCCCGGCCUACGGCCCCACCCACGCGCCCGCCUACAGCCCGGCGCCGGCCUACGAGAGCUACCAGUACCAGUACCAGCCGUCCUACCAGCCGUCGUACCAGCCGGAGCCCGCCUACGGCCACCACGGAUACCAGCAGCCCGCCUACGGCCACCACGAGGCCGCCUACCCGGCCUGCCCGCACUAUCCUAGCGAGCCCGCCUGCAGUGCUAACGCCACCGACCCCUGGUGCCUCGAGGACUCCGAGUACCCAGAGUACGAGAUCAAGCACGCCAUCACCUACCACAAGCACAAGGUGCUGGAGCUGUACGCCGAUGUGGCUGACCUCAACACCGAGAACUCCGUCGACAGACUGACCAAGAUCGAGGAGGAGACCUACCUCUGCUCGUCCGAGGUGGGCUACGUCCGCCCGCUGCGCGCCGUCAACACCGACGGCAAGUGGAGAGUCAUCGUCAACAACAUCAAGGUCGACUACGAAACCUUCACCCAGACCACCCGCAUUGAGAAGUGCCUGUCCGCCGGCGAGCCCUGCCCCCUGGUGCCUCACUGCUACGAGUCCAGCUGCCUGCAGAAGUCCGUCUACCACAGGUUCCUGGUGUACGACCCCUGUGACCAGUACUUCCCCUUCGUCGUCGAGACCUUCAAGCUGCCGGCCGCCUGCGCCUGCUCGCUCGGAGCUUACGAAAUCACCCACUAGAUGCCACUACUGGCGUGACGCUCAAAUCUGAUGAAUCUACGCGAUCGAAAUGAUAAAGAGGGUAUGGGUGAUGUGCUUAGUAAGUUAUUCAACGCUAUUUAUUGUGCAGAGGUAUUUCUUUAAUGGUGGUGACAUGUUGGUGGGAGACCUUGCAAGUGGUGUAUUUAUUUUGUGAUGUUCUUGAUCUCGUGCUGGGCGGCGUGGCGGCAGUUCUCUGGGGGGAGACAACACUUUCUGCGACCGCCCAAGCAUCGCAACUGUUCCGUGAUAAAGUGACGUGUUGAGAAGAGGUACCGAAACGGUCAAGUAGUUUGCAGGGUGUUUACUGUGGUUUUUAUACGGUGCAUUUGCGGAUGUUCUUGGUGGUGUCAACGACAAAUAUAUAACGAAUUUCACA